CAAGUUUAGCUUGCUUUAUGAUGCUUUCCUACUUCUCAUAGCGCCUGUCAAUCUUCCUCCUCCCUCAGCGUUUAGCAAUGCAGGGUGUGGCCUGUGUCAUCUCUGUUGUGGUUGGCCUGCGGCCCGUCCUGGCGUUAUCUCCUGCGGAACAUGUCCGAGUCCCACCCCAGAUACAGUAUGGUGCCUGGCAGUCCGGCAUGGCCCUGCCCACUCAUUGUGACAUCACUGUGGCCCACGAAAAAAAAAUGCCAUGACUGUUUGUUUUCUCGCCUCACUGUGAGCCGACAGGUGCAGGGAGUUCCUUGCUUUCUGUCAAGUAUGUCAGCUACUAGUUAGUCCAGACAAGCAACUUUUAGGGAGUGCAGGCAACUUGCACAGCAGCUCUCAGGGCUCACACAUGGCCUUCAGGUCGGUGAGCGUAGUUACUGCUGGUGGCUAGCGCCUAUGGCUGCUGAAGGCUGGUCGUCAUCUGGGACAGCUGGGGCAGACAUGUAACUAGGAUGGGACAAUGGCAUGGCACAAGCUGUUGGACGGUGCACCUGAGCGAAAGACGGGGAGGUUGAACAUGGACUUUUUGAAAAACUUGGUUCCAGGUGGGGGCCAGGUUCCAAAUGUUCACGGGCCCCUUGUACAUGGAGGAGCCGUUUUGCCGCGGGAACCUGGCUCACGGCUCCUACGCUUAAGGAGACCAGGCCUGCUAGCCAUGGGACAGGCCAUUGAGGAGGAUCCAGAAGGCUCAGACGAUCCAGUCAAUGCAUCCUCCAGGCCUCUCCGCAUUAGCAAAACACGCCUCAAAGGAAACAUCCACCAAUUUAGAAAAACAUCCUUUUUACACCAUGCUCGUCAUGGCCGGGGCCACAAAGCUUCAGCGCCAGUCAGCGGCAGCGUGAGUAGACACCGCACUCCCUCGUCGGUGACUCCCAUCGCUUGGGAAAAACACAACCUCGUCGCCAUGUCAAGUAUCACCAUCGACCCCGAGCUGAAGCCCGGGGAGUUUGUCAUCAAAAGCCUGUUUGCCGAGUUUGCUGUGCUGGCCGAGAAGAAGAUCGAGAUGGUGAUGGCCGAACCGCUGGAGAAACCUCUGUCCCGGUCCCUCCAAAGAGGGGAGGAUGCACAAUUUGACCAGUUAAUAAGCUCUAUGAGCUCAAUAGCCGAACACUGUUUGCCCUCCCUACUGCGUACACUGUUCGACUGGUACAGACGGCAGAGUGGCACUGAAGACGAGUCUUAUGAGUACAGGCCUCGUUCCAGCACAAAGUCUAAAGGGGAUGAGCAGCACCGCGAUAAAGAUUACCUAUUGGAGAGGAGGGACUUAGCCAUAGAUUUCAUUUUUUGCCUUGUGUCAGUGGAAGUUCUCAAACAGAUUCCUCUUCAUCCGGUGCCAGAUGCUUUAGUGCACGAAGUUCUAAACCUGGCAUUUAAGCACUUUAAACACAAAGAGGGAUACUGUGGCCCCAACACAGGCAACGUGCACAUCAUUGCAGACUUGUAUGCCGAGGUCAUCGGCGUUCUCACACAGUCUAAGUUUCAAGCAGUGAGGAAAAAAUUCAUCACUGAGCUGAAGGAGCUGCGGCAAAAAGAGCAGAGUCCUUACGUCGUCCAGAGUAUCAUCAGCCUCAUCAUGGGCAUGAAGUUCUUUCGGGUCAAGAUGUAUCCUGUGGAGGAUUUUGAGGCUUCCUUCCAGUUCAUGCAGGAGUGUGCCCAGUACUUCCUGGAAGUCAAGGACAAAGACAUAAAACACGCUCUCGCAGGCCUCUUUGUGGAGAUCCUCAUCCCUGUCGCCGCUGCGGUGAAAAAUGAAGUCAACGUGCCGUGCCUGAAGAACUUUGUGGAGAUGUUGUACCAGACGACAUUUGACCUCAGCUCCAGAAAGAAGCACUCUUUGGCCCUUUAUCCCUUGGUGACAUGCUUGCUGUGCGUUAGCCAGAAACAGUUCUUCCUCAACAACUGGCACAUCUUCCUCCAGAACUGUCUCUCGCACCUGAAGAUGCCGUCUAACAACAGCAUCCGAAAGCAGAUUGAGACACUGCAGAACAAAGACCCCAAAAUGUCCAGAGUGGCGCUGGAGUCGCUCUACAGGCUGCUAUGGGUGUACAUUAUCAGGAUCAAGUGUGAGAGCAACACUGUCACGCAGAGUCGACUACUCAGCAUCGUUUCAGCACUUUUCCCCAAAGGCUCCCGCAGCGUGGUGCCCAGGGACACCCCCCUCAACAUCUUUGUCAAAAUCAUCCAGUUCAUUGCUCAGGAAAGACUGGACUUUGCAAUGAAGGAGAUCAUCUAUGACCUCCUGUGUGUGGGCAAGUUCCACAAGACGUUUACCAUCAAUCCGGAGAGGAUGAAUGUCGGCUUGCGAGCCUUCUUGGUGAUUGCAGACAGCCUGCAGCAGAAAGACGGCGAGCCCCCUAUGCCCACCACGGGGAUCAUCAUGCCUUCUGGCAACACGCUACGAGUUAAAAAGAUCUUCCUCAACACCACCCUCACUGAUGAAGAGGCCAAGGUCAUAGGCAUGUCGCUGUACUACCCGCAAGUGAGGAAGGCCUUGGAUAACAUCCUUAGACACCUAGAUAAGGAGGUGGGACGCUCUAUGAGCAUGACCAAUGUACAGAUGUCUAACAAGGAGCCAGAAGACAUGAUCACGGGCGAGAGGAAGCCCAAGAUCGAUCUGUUCCGCACAUGCGUUGCUGCCAUUCCAAGGUUGAUUCCAGAUGGCAUGAGCAGACAAGACCUAAUUGAGCUCCUAGCUAAGCUGACUAUUCACAUGGAUGAGGAGCUGCGUGGCUUAGCCUUUACUACUCUUCAGGCCCUCAUGGUUGAUUUCCCCGAGUGGCGUGAGGACGUCCUCUCUGGCUUUGUCUACUUCAUUGUCCGGGAGGUGACGGACGUUCACCCCACACUGCUGGACAACUCAGUCAAGAUGCUCCUGCAGCUCAUCAGCCAGUGGAGGCAGGCAGCGCAAAGCAGCAACAAAAGCCACGAUGCGCAGACUUCCGGCAGCAGCCAUUCUCUCUCUGUGGAGCGUUCUUCGCUGGGUGUGCUGCAUGUGGUGGAAGGUUUGGCCAUGGUUGUGCUUUGCAGCUGUCGCCCUGCCACGCGCAGGCUAGCUGUCAACGUCUUGAAGGAGGUCCGUGCACUGCACACUGCACUGGGCAUUGGCAAGGGUGAUGAGGAAUUGGCCAUUGAUGUCAUGGAUAGAUUAAGUGCAUCAGUGCUGGAGAGCUUUAUUCAUCUUACUGGCGCUGACCAGACCAACCUGCUGUACUGUCCCAGCGGGAUCGACCUUCAGUCACUGGCGGAGUGGAGCUCGUCUCCCAUCAGCCACCAGUUUGACGUGGUCAGCCCUUCGCACAUCUGGGUUUUUGCGCACGUCACGCAGGGCCAAGACCCCUGGGUCAUCAGCUUCUCCAGUUACCUGCGCCAGGAGAACCUGCCCAGGCAUUGUCCCACUGCCCUCAACUAUGCCUGGAUGUUCGCCUACACCCGCCUGCAGCUUCUCUCCCCUCAAGUUGACAUCAACAGCCCUAUCAAUGCCAAAAAAGUGAACAGUCUGAGCAGCAGUGACUCCUACAUCAGCCUCUGGCGGAACUACCUGAUCCUCUGCUGCAGCUCGGCCUCCUCCUCCCCACCCAUGUGCUCCUCAUCCUCCACUUCUGGCUCCGUCCGCUGUUCCCCGUCUGAGACGCUGGCGUCCACACCGGACAGCGGCUACAGUUACGAUUCCAAGAUUGUUGGCACUCCCUCCCCGUCCUCCUUGUUUAAACACAUUGUUCCCAUGAUGCGUUCUGAGAACAUGGACAUCACAGAGUCUCUCGUAUUGGGGCUUGGCAGGACCAACCCCGUGGCCUUCAGAGAGUUGAUAGAGGAGCUAAAUCCCAUCAUAAAAGAAGCCCUGGAAAGAAGACCUGAAAACAUGAAGCGACGCCGGCGUCGUGACAUCCUCAGAGUCCAGCUGGUCCGGAUUUUUGAGCUCCUGGCUGAUGCUGGUGUCGUCAGUCAGAUAGCGAGUGGUGGUUUAGAUGGUGAGAGUCACUCUCUGAAUAGCACGCUACUCGACUAUGUCGACUUGACCAGGCAGCUGCUCGAGGCUGAGAAUGACAAGGACUCAGACACGUUGAGGGACAUCCGCUGUCACUUCAGUGCACUUGUAGCAAACAUUAUUCAAAAUGUUCCAGUGCACCAGCGGAGGACCAUCUUUCCACAGCAGUCACUGCGGCACAGCCUCUUCAUGCUGUUCAGUCACUGGGCCGGGCCCUUCAGCAUCAUGUUCACGCCUCUGGACCGAUACAGCGACAGAAAUAUGCAGAUCAACCGCCAUCAGUACUGUGCAUUGAAGGCCAUGUCUGCCGUGCUGUGCUGUGGUCCCGUAGCUGACAACGUUGGCCUCUCCUCUGAUGGAUACCUUUACAAGUGGAUGGACAACAUUCUGGAUUCGCAGGACAAGAAGGUCCACCAAUUGGGCUGUGAGGCAGUGAUGCUGCUGCUAGAGCUAAAUCCCGACCAGAGCAACCUCAUGUUUUGGGCUGUGGACCGCUGCUACACAGGAUCCCGUCGCGUGGCCGCAGGCUGCUUCAGGGCCAUAGCCAACGUCUUUCAUAACAGGGAUUAUCAGUUUGACACUGUGGUUCUUCUGAACCUGAUUCUGUUCAAGGCCGCAGACUCGUCAAGGGAUAUCUACGAGGUGGCCAUGCAACUGCUACAGAUCUUGGAGCCUAAGCUCUUCCGUUAUGCCCAUAAACUGGAGAUCCUGCAAACCGAUGGCAUUCUGACCCCUCCCUCACCGCUGCCACAUCUCUACUCUGUGUCGUACUACCAGCUGUCAGAGGAGCUUGCAAGGACUUACCCAGAGCUCACGCUGCCCAUCUUCUCAGAGGUGAGCCAGCGUAUCCAAACAGCGCACCCUGGUGGCCGCCAGGUGAUGUUGCACUACCUCCUGCCUUGGAUGAACAAUGUGGAGCUAGUGGAUUUUAAACCUGCAGCACGCCGGCCGGAGGACUCCUCUUGCAGCGGCGGUGAGGAUGACGAGGACGCGUCGGACCGUGACAUGAUGAUGGUCAACAGCCGGCGCUGGCUCCAUGGUGAGGGUUGGGGAUCGGCCAGGGCAACCACCAUGGUGCUGAACAACCUCAUGUUCGUGACAGCCAAGUAUGGGGACGAGUUUGCCUGGUCGGAGAUCGAGAAUGUAUGGACUACCUUAGCAGACAGCUGGCCAAAGAACCUCAAAAUAAUCCUGCACUUCCUCAUCAGUAUAUCAGGAGUCAGCAGUGAGCCCAGCCUCCUUCCCUAUGUGAAGCGAGUGGUGGUGUACCUGGGCAGAGACAAGACUAUGCAGCUGCUGGAGGAGUUGAUGAGCGAGCUGGAGUUGACCGAUCCCGUCAGCUCAGCUGUCACCCACAUGGACAACCCUCCAUAUUACCGCAUCAGCUCCAGCUAUAAGAUCCCCUCAGUCACCUCAGGCACGACCUCCAGCAGCAACACCAUGGUGCCAGGACAUGACAGCCAUCAUGAAAGCAAGGUCAAAGAUUCAAACAUGGAGGACAGUUACACCCACCUGGACAUCUACAGUGGUCUGAACACCAACCUGAACCGCCAGCAUCACCGCUUGGAGUCUCGUUACAGCAGCAGCUCAGGAGGCUCCUAUGAAGAGGAGAAAAGUGACUCCAUGCCGCUUUAUGCAAACUGGCGUUUGAAAGUGAUGGAUCACAACCGUCCAGAGCCGCUUCCUUUCCCCCCAACAGGUGGCUGCUGGUCCCCUCUGGUGGAUUACCUGCCAGAGACCAACGCACCUGCUGUAGCCCUGCAUAGAUGUAACAUCGCCGUCAUCCUACUAACUGACCUCAUUGUGGACCAUGGCGUCAAAGUGGAGUGGAGUGCCUAUUUGCAUCUAUUGCUGCAUGCAAUUUUUAUAGGUUUCGAUCACCAGCACCCGGAGGUGUAUGAGCACUGCAAGCGCCUCCUCCUGCACCUGCUGAUUGUCCAUGGAGCAAACAGCAGCAUCCAGGGGGUGGCCAAGGUGCUUCUACGCAACAGGGAGUUUAAUGACCCGCGUGUCUUGACCGUGAAGCCAGUUGCACCAGAGUUCCACUUCACAGGAGUGCAAGAAUUGUUGCCUGACUGUCAGCCAUCGCCCGUGACAGACUCUGGCCUCAGCUCGAGCUCCACAUCAUCCAGCAUAAGUCUCGGAGUGGGGGGGUCCACUCUGUCCCACCUGUCCCCCUCGCUCCUCAGUGAGGUGGACGUCACUGCUGAGAAGGACGAGAAGGUCAAAGCUCUGAUAGAGUUCAUUACCUCAAGGAAGCGUGGACCGCUCUGGAACCACGAGGACGUGUCACCCAAGAACCCCAACAUCAAGAGCGCCGACCAGCUAAGCAUGUUUGUGAGACACGUAGUCACCGUCUUCAAACAUUCUCAGCCAGGUUUCCAGCUGGAGUCAUUACUGAGCGAGGUGGCCCUGCAAACAGCCCUCUCGUGCGCCUCUCGCCACUACGCCGGGCGCUCCUUUCAGAUAUUCAGAGCGCUCAAGCAACCUCUUACUCCCACCACGUUGUCUAACAUUCUCUCCAGGCUGGUGGAGACUGUUGGAGAUCCUGGGGAGGAGGCUCAGGGUUUCGUCAUCGAACUGCUUCUCACACUGGAGUCCGGCAUCGACACACUGGCAGACACAGUCAAAAACUACGACCUCCUCACCGCCUUAGUACAAACCUCCAGCUGUGAUCACUUGUUGGGGCCCAAGUUUGCGGCCAACAGGAAAAGCACAGGCCAGCUGAACCUGAGUAGCGGCGGGCUUUUCCAUUACAUGCACAGUCGCAGCCACUCCCUACGAGCCAGUCUGAUGAGUGAGCGGAAGGUGGACAGGCGGCGGAGUAACACCUUAGAUGUGGGGGACCGACUUGGAGGCAGCCACGGAAACCUGGCGCGCACCCGCAGCUUAUCGUCGUUGGGUGGCGGAGGUGUCCCAGGGGCGGACGCCAACCCCCCGGUGGACCCCACCAAUCUGAUGGCCACUGUUUUCUGGAUUGCCGCCUCGCUGCUGGAGUCCGACUACGAGUUUGAGUACCUGCUGGCGCUGCGGCUCCUCAACAAGCUGCUGGGCCAGCUGCCUCUGGACCACGCUGACAGCAGAGAACAUCUGGAGUGCAUCCAGGCCAAGCUCAAGUGGUACAGCUUCCCAGGUCUGCUGCAGCUCUUCCUGAAGGGCUUCACCUCAGUGUCCACACAGGAGCUCACCAUCCAGCUGCUCAGCAAGCUCAUCAGUGUCUCCAGGCACACGCUUGUCGACCCAUCACAACUGGCAGGUUUCCCUCUGAACAUCCUGUGCCUCCUGCCGCACCUCAUCCAGCACUUUGACAGCCCCACCCCCUUCUGCAAGGAAACGGCAGACAAAAUUGCCAAAGUGUGCGCCCAGGAGAAGUCGGCCACACUCUCCAACCUGGCACACAUGAUGAGCCUGUACAGCACGCACAGCUACUCCCGCGAUUGCCCCAACUGGAUCAACGUGGUGUGCCGCUACCUUCACGACGCAUUCGCCGAGAUAACUCUUAAUCUGGUCACCUACUUGGCUGAGUUGCUGGAGAAGGGCCUUCCUGGCAUGCAGCAGUCCUUACUGCAAAUAAUCUACAGCCUGCUGAGUCAUAUUGACUUGUCAGCUGCCCCGGUCAAACAGUUUAACCUGGAGAUAAUGAAGAUCAUAGGCAAAUAUGUUCAGAGCCCACAUUGGAAGGAGGCGCAAAAUAUUUUGAAGUUGGUGGUGUCUCGCUCGGCCAGCCUGGUUGUCCCAGAUGACGUGCAGCGCUCGUAUAGCACAGAGUCUUGCGGCUCUCCGGAAAUUGCCUUCACGCGCAUAUUUAACAACUCUUCCAAGGAGCUGCCCGGCAAGACGCUGGAUUUCCACUUUGAUAUAUCAGAGACACCAAUUAUAGGACAUAAAUACGGCGAUCAGCGUAGCGCAGCGAGUCGCAAUGGAAAGCCACAGGUGAUUGCUGUCACUAGGAGUACGUCCUCUACGUCGUCUGGCUCUAAUUCCAACGGCCUGGUACCAGUGAGUUGGAAGAGGCCUCAACUCUCUCAGAGAAGAACCAGAGAGAGACUCAUGAAUGUUCUGUCUCUAUGUGGUCCGGAGUCUGGCAUUCCCAAAAAUCCAUCUGUAAGACUCCUCUCCUACUCUAAGGCCUCAGACAAGGUGGUGUUUCCCUCCAGUGAGGACCUGGAUUCAGUGGACCAACAGACCAGCUUGAUCCCCACUGUGGAGGAGGUGGCGCGAGAGGAGGAGGUGCAGGGAGAAGAGCUGGGCAGCGAGCAACAGUUUGGCGUCUUUAAAGACUUUGACUUCUUGGAUGUGGAGUUGGAGGACGCUGAGGGGGAGAGCAUGGACAACUUCAACUGGGGCGUCCGCCGCCGCUCCCUGGAGAGCAUGGACAAAGGGGACACACCGUCUUUGCAGGAGUGUCAAUAUGCAGGAAGCACGCCAAGCCUUAACCUCACCAACCAUGAGGACACAGAUGAAUCAUCAGAGGAGGAGGUACUGAGCGCUAGCCAGAUUCUCACCCGCUCUGGCCUUCUCAACAGCGACUCUGCGACGGACGACACAGCAUCCAACCACGUGGACUCCUUGCAGCAGUCGCAAGAGUCAUCAAGCAGCGCCUUGACUGAGGAAGCGGUGCCUGCGCUCCUCCCCUGUCUGCCUUCCUUCCCUCGGCCGGAUAGCCCCAUGUUGGAGAUGGCCCUCUCAGACAGCACCAGCAGCCAGCUGCCUGAGGAUGCCGGCGGCGUGGCAGCAGCGGAUGAGCUGAGCAGCAGUGUAAGCGAGGACACGGGGUUUUGCAGUGCCCCCCCUCUGCCCUGUGACCCCCCCAAGCUGUGUGAGCUCCCGGAUGUUCAGGAACCUGGUGAUCAGGCUCAGGACCCCCAAGAGACCCCGGAGCCCCAGGACGACCUGGACCCGGCCCCCCCUCCACCGCCGGCCAUAGACUCUCCACCGGGGUCUGUCUGUGAGGGGGAGGAGGAACCCCAAAUGGUCCUGCCUCUGCAUCUACCGGUAGAAGCGGAGAACAAGCCAGACCUUGACCCGGAUCUAGAACCGGAUCCGGACCCAGAUCCAGAUAGCACCUGUGGCUCAGUGUGGGAGGAGGAUGUGACUCAGGCCCUGAGGGAGCUGGACGAGCGCUGUGAGGAGGAGGAGGCUGACUACUCCGGCAUGUCAAGCCAAGAUGAAGGUGACGGAGACUGCUUCCCCGAGAUCCAGGCCUCUCCACCCCCUUCACCCUUCCUCUCGGCCAUCCUGGCGGCGUUCCAGCCCGUUGCCUAUGACAACGAAGAGGAUGCCUGGCGUUGCCAUGUCAACCAGAUGUUGUCCGACACGGAUGGCUCCUCGGCUGUUUACACCUUCCAUGUGUUCUCGCAGCUCUUUCAGAGCAUUCAGAGGAAAUUUGGCGCCAUCACACAUGCGUCUGUGCACUUUCUGGGGGAGAAGCUGCAGCGGAUGGGCAAUCAGUUCCUCAGCUCACUGGAAGUCAUGACGUCUCACUCACAGUGCCCCACGGUGCUGCUAGAUGCCGAGACGUUGGUGUCUUGUGGGCUGUUGGAGACCUUGAAGUUCAGCGUGCUGGAGCUGCAAGAGCACCUUGACACAUAUAAUGGCAAGAGGGAAGCAGCGGAGCUUUGGCUGGAAAACUGCAGGAAAACAUUUGGAGACAAAGAGAGCUGCCAGCGACUCAACACCCACACACAGCAAAUGGAAAGUCUGGCAGAGCUGGAGCUGUGUCGCCGUCUCUACAAGCUGCACUUUCAGCUGCUGCUGCUCUUCCAGGCCUACUGCAAGCUCAUUAGCAGGGUGGACACCAUCAAGAGGGAGGCCGAGGUGACCAACAUGUCUGACGAGCUCAGUGCCCUGGAGAGCUGCCUGAAGGCGGCGGAGAGAGGAAAUGACGGCCAGGAGGAUGACGUGUGCAUGCCGGACACUGCCCAGACCAACACGGAGACAGCGAUCCAGUUGCUCAUUGAAAGCCUGAGAACGCGAGACUUCUGCUCUGCCCUCAUGCAAGUCAAAGUCUUUAGGUCCCUGUGGCCCAACGACAUCUUCGGCAAUGAGGGUGACAACGCGGUCCAGACGCUCCUGCACAUCUAUUUCCGCCACCAGACACUGGGCCAGACGGGCUGCCUGGCAGUGGUGGGCCCCAGCAGGGAUCUGUCCCAGGCCAGCGGCCGCCUCAUGGAGCUCAAUCUGCAGAUCCGAGAGGCACUGAGUCAGGCCCAGGCUGGCCAGCCACGAGACACCGUGAUCAGCACUGGAAUGUGACAAAAAUAAAAAAAUUUAAAAAAAGAAACAUAAAAAUGGCAGGACGACAAGAGACUCCACCGACAAAGGGCUAAAGGAUGUGUGUGAACUCUUGCUGACUUUGAUGUAUGGAUGCUUCAAGCUAAUAUCUUUCCUCACACUAAACCUCAUGCAACAUUCUUUUGCAAUAAGUCGUGUAUUAGAGAGGACGCAGCGGGCGGGAUGAUAUUUUUGAUUUUUUUGCCGAAUGUGACUGGAAGGACCACUUUGGUAGAGCUACCGUGCGCCUUUGUAAGCAAAAAAAAAAAAAAAGCAUGCUUGACAGACAAAAAGCAAUGCGAGAAUAUUUUUUGGGAGAAAUGUAUUUUUUAUUCUUAGAGCUUAACCUCCUCAGUUGUAAAUGUUAGAGGAUAUUUAACGUGUGACCCUGUGAGAGGCGCCCCCGGUCCUCAGGGAAGUGUAAAAAGAGACAAAUAUAUAUAUCUGCUUUGA